ACCACUUGGACUAAAGGUUUCAAGUGCACCGGCGUGGAGGGUGAAGAUGUUGUACAGCUGCUCAAAGAGGCCAUCGACAGGCGAGAUGACAUCGAAGUGGAAGUCAUGGCCAUUGUCAAUGACACCACCGGCACAAUGGUCUCCUGUGCGCUGCAAAACAAGGAGUGCCGAGUUGGACUGAUCAUUGGCACGGGCACUAAUGCCUGCUACAUGGAGACACUGGAGAACGUUGAACUGUACAAUAACGACGACUUCACCGACGUGAGCCAGGUCAUCGUCAACACUGAGCUGGGUGCAUUCGGCGAAAACCGAGUGCUCAACUUUGCGCGCACUGACUGGGAUAAAGCAGUGGAUGAAAAUUCUACUGAACCUGGAAAACAGAUCUUUGAGAAGAUGGUCUCCGGAAUGUACCUCGGUGAGAUAGUGCGACACAUUCUUGUCGAACUGUCAGAGAAAGGAGUCCUCUUUGAUGGGAUCAGCUCUGAGGAGCUGAGAACGACCAAAUCAUUUAAAACUGCGUACAUUUCUGCCAUUGAGAGUGACGAAAAGGAUGACUACCUGUACACACGACAGGUCCUGGCAGAGAUGAAUCUGCGACACGCCACUGACACUGACUUUGAUAUUGUCAAAUUGAUCUGCAGUCGAAUCUCAACUCGAGCAGCCCACCUGGUGGCGGCGGCCGUCUCGACGAUUCUCAACAAAAUGCAACGCCCGUACACUACCGUGGCCGUCGAUGGCUCUGUCUACAAACAUCACCCUCACUUUCACCACCUGCUGGAGAAGAAGACGCAUGAACUGGUAAAACCUGCCUUCAAGUUUGACAUUAAACUGUCCGAGGACGGCAGUGGGCGCGGCGCAGCGCUGGUGGCCGCCGUCGCCACAAAGCAGGAGAUACAGAGGAAGAUCAGCACUGGCCACGGCAUGAAUGUUCAGCCGGUGAAUCGAAAGAACUCCAGAAUGGAGUUGCGGCAGUUUCUCAAGACGUACGAAGAUACCUUCUAG